CACAAUAGCAGGAGAAUGACAAUGCAUACUAACGUGAACGGCGAGCACAGACCACGCCAACCCGGCCCCCCACCUCACCAACACUAUUACCCCCGUAACCACUACUCCUCUUCCUCUUCUGCAGCUUCCUUCAAGGGUUGCUGCUGCUGCCUUUUCCUCCUCUUAACGUUCCUCGCCCUCCUCGUCCUCGCCGUUAUCCUCGUCAUCGUUCUCGCCAUCAAACCCAAGAAACCCCAGUUUGAUCUCCAACAAGUCUCCGUCCAGUACGUCGGAAUCACCACCGCCGCUGCUAGCGCCACCUCGCCGGCGACCACUGCGUCUCUCUCCCUCAACAUUCGGAUGCAGUUCACAGCCGUUAACCCUAAUAAGGUUGGGAUCAAGUACAGUGAAUCAAAGUUCUACGUGAUGUAUAGGGGAGUACCUUUAGGGGUUGCGACAGUACCGGGGUUCUAUCAGCCAUCGCAGAGUGUGAGAAAGGUGGAGACGACGGUGAUGGUGGAUAAGAUCAAUUUGCUUCAGACGGAUGCGGAGGAUUUGGUGAAGGAUGCUUCGUUGAAUGAUAGGGUGGAGCUUAAGGUUUUGGGUGAUGUUGGGGCUAAGAUCCGGGUUCUUCAGUUUACUACGCCCAGGGUUCAGGUAACGAUGAACUGUAUAGUGGUCAUCAGUCCGAGGAAGCAGAAAUUAACUUACAAGCAAUGUGGAGUUGAUAGUGUAAACGUCUGAUCAUCAAUUUCAGAGAGAGACAGAGAGAGAGAGCUCAGUGAGGUGUAAUGG